UGCGUUAUGUGCGGAGUGUCGCAAACGAGCAGCUAGCGUCAGCCUGCCCAUGCCAUGCGCAUGCCGAUGCGCUACUAUUAGCCAUGCCAGCGUCCGGGUCAUGGCGCAGUAUACACAGAGGACACAGCCGAUGCACAGGCCCGGGCAGUCUGAUCACGGGCACGGCGCGCUGGCGUUCGGCGGGAAGCCGGCCGCGGGGGCGGUGGUGCAGCCCCGCGCCCCCGCGGCGCCCUACCCCCCGCAGUACCCCGCGCUGCGGCUCCACCAGCCCGGAUAUGGCUCGGCUGCGCUCUCCUUCAGUUCCAGGGACAGCAACUACCGCGGCGGCGGCGCUGUCGGCGAAUACCGCGCGGGCACCCGCAUGUCGCUGCUGGGCACCGCCUACCUCCCCCCGCCCGCGCCGCCCGCGCACCACCCCCCGCCCGCGGACCCGCCGCCCUUCAAGAAGAUCCGUCUCACCGCCGAGCGCCACCAGCCGCUCAGGGUUGAUACUAGGGAGCCGGUGAACAGUUAUGGGGCGGUGGAGGUGCUGUCUCCCAACCCCCCCUCCGAGCCCACGGUGGAGGAGCAGAGCUUCCGCACCACCAAGGAUGAGCUCAUACAGCAGAUCUCAAAGGUGGACCGAGAGAUGGCGCUAUCAGAGGCGAUGCUGGCGAAGCUUAAGAAGAAGCAGGAAGAGCUGGAGCAGACCGCCACCAAGCCCGCGGCCGCUGCCGAGCCGGAGGAGGCGCCACCGCGGCACCGGAGUCUCGCGCAGAACAUAUACGCGGAGAACCGGAAAAAGGCGGCGUCAGCCCACGCACUCCUAGCGCACCUCGGGCCGCCGGUGCUGUACCCGCUGUACAACCAGCCCCAAGACACGGAGGUCUACCACGAGAACAUCCGCAAGCACCGCGGCUUCAAGAAACGGCUCGUCGAACAUGUUCGCCGGUUACGGCUCGAGGCUGAGAAGAGAGAAGACGCGUUAGCGGAAGAGUACAGCAAGCGGGCGGUGGAGUGGGCGAGAAGAGUGGAGAGGAUAGAGCAGGGGCAGAAGAGGAAAGCGAAGGAUGCGAGAAACAGAGAGUUCUUCGAGAAGGUUUUCCCCGAGCUCCGAAAGCAGCGGGAGGAGCGCGAGCGCUUCAACCGGCUCGGGGCGCGCGUCAAGUCCGAGGCGGAACUGGAAGAGAUCGCCGACGGCCUGCACGAGCAGGAGCACGAGGUCAAGAAGAUGCGGUCCCUGACCGUGGUGCCCCCGCUGCUCAGGGAUCCCAGGGACCCCGCCCCUGUCUAUAAAGAUACUAACCGGCGGUGUAUGGACAUGGAGGCAGAACACAAGGAGCUCGAACAUAAAAACGUGUGGACGUCGCCAGAGCGGGACCUUUUCAAGGAGAAAUACCUCCAGCACCCCAAGAACUUCGUCCAGAUAGCCUCGUUCCUGCCUAGAAAGAGCGUCGGGGACUGUGUCAGAUUUUACUACCUAUCGAAGAAGAGAGAGAACUACAAGCAGCUGCUCCGGAAGCCGCGGCAACGUCGCACGGCGCGGGGCAACCCGCCGCGGCCGGCGCCCGAGCCGGAGCUGCCCGCCGGCGUCGUCACCAGGCUACAGCGGUCACAAGGCACGGUGGCGCGACCAGUGGACAAGGAGGCGAGCAUAGAAGAGCAACAGGCGCUGGGACAGGACGCGAGUCUAAUACCCGCGCAGCCCGCCGCGGCGCCACUGCAGCCCGCCCCCACGGAGAUCACCCGCACGCCGCCGCUCCCCCCCUCGCCGCCGCCGGCGUCGUCGGCGCCGCCCGCGCCGGCCGCGGCGACGGCGGGCGGCGCCGCGCCCGCCGGCAGCCCCGCGCCGCCCUCGCCGACGCCGCCCCCGCAGCCUGAGCAGACGCAAACGACCUCCUCAACGCCCCCAACAACGUUAACAACGACGACAUCCUCGCCCGCCCCCUCGCCGACGGUGACGGUGACGCCCGCACCGACGCCGCCGCCGACGGUCGCGCCGACGCCGCCCGCCGCGCCGUCCGCCGCGCCGCCGACGCCGCAACCGGCGCAACCGCCGACGCCGACGCCGACACAGCCGGCGGCGACGCCGGAGACAGCCGUGAUCGAGCGCAUCAGCACGCCGUCAACGCCGGCGGCGGCGUCAACGCCGACGCCGACGCCGACACCAACGCCGACGCCAGCAGCGUGUGCCGUGUGCGGCGCUGCCGGCGCCACGCGCGCCGUGUCGCGUUCCCGGGCGCUGUUCUACGGGCUAAGGGAGGACGCGGCGGGCAGUCGGGUGUGCGACGCUUGCCACACGAGGUGCGUCCGCUGCAGGUACACAUGGUGUCCGUCGUGCCACGGGCCGAAGGUGCGCGCGAAGCGACUCCGGCACCUGCCGCCCAAGUGGCACGACCUCUCGCCUGAAGUCAAGAAACCUCUUCUCGAUGAAUGGAACAUCCCAAGCGACCUCAGCAAAUGCUGUCUCAGCUGCUUCAAGAAAAUCACCCGCUGGCUGGAGACGGUCGGCGAGCACCCAACCCCGGACCCGACCGAAGAGGAGGCGUCCAGAUUCAGGACCCUGCUCCGAGAACACGGGACGUCCUGGGAGAAGAUGGCGGCUGGCAGUGGGAAGACGCCGGCCAGCUUCAAGGCCUUCUACUUCACGUAUCGGAAAAAGCUGCAGCUAGACGCUUUAGUGGCGGAGCGACCGCCGCCGAAGGGCAGCGAUACCGAUGAUAGCGUCCUCAGUUCGGGCGACACGGACACGGCGAGCGCGGAGAGCCCUCGGCCGCCGCCGCCGCCCGAGCCGGCGCCGGCGCGGCCGCGGCGCGACGAGUACGACUCCAGCGCCACGGAGACGGCCGACGAGGAGAACGACGCGCCGCAGGCUAAGCAGGUCCCUCCCCCCGCGGCGGCGCCGGCCCCCCCGGCGGCGCCGGCGCCCGCGCUGCUGCGCAACGGCCCCGGCGCGCCGCCGCUCACGGUCCGCGACGUGGUGCUCAACAUGAUCGAGAUCAGCCUGCUCAAAAACAACCAGCCCGUUCCGCCCAGCGUCAAACCCAAGGUGACGACCUCCCUUGCGCCGCGCGAGUCGCUGGCGACGCUGAGCGUGGUGAACAGCGGGCACGUGAGCGCCCCCCCUCGCUCGCCCACCCGCCCCGCCACCAUCACGCCGCUGCAGCCCGACGCCAAGGAGGGCGUGGUGGUGCUGCACAUCGAGCCCCGCGACCAGCGCGAGCGGCCCGAGCCGCUGCUCGACCUCAGCGUCAAGAAGCCCCGGCAUGACCACGCCUUCCCUCAGCCUGCCAAAACGGUAUCAAUAUCUCAACCGCAAUACCGCAACUCGGACUUCCAACAACAGUACCGUCCGCUAGAGCGCGAAUCUCCCACUCUCUACAACUCCAAACCGAAACAGGUCGCCGCCGCCCCGCGGCCGACCCUGAAACCCGCGCCCAACCCCAAGGGGUCCAUAACCUUGGGCACCCCGCUCGAGUCCCGUUAUGAGCCGCGACGGACCCCCCCGGACACGAAACCGGGGUCCAUAACGGCCGGGACGCCGGUGCAUGGGACCCAUGGGCACCAUAUUCCGGACAAGCAGCGGUUUCACGAGAUGUAUAAUAAGAGGAAGAGUCCGGGUGGCGCGUAUUAUCCAGGGGCCCAGAAUGCGCAGAGGCCGCAGAGUCCACAGUCUUUCUCACCGAACCCAGCCUUCGGCCGUUACUCGGGCAUGGACCAGCGUCAGAUAAUCAUGGCGGACUUCAUCACGUCGAAGCAGAUGCCGGGCGGGGCGAGAAGAGAACGCGAGCGACCCGCCUCGCCGUACUCGCAGCCCUCUGUUAUAAGACAUUCGUACCAUGUUCACCCGCCACCUCCCCCCGGUCACGAAGCUUUCACGUCGCUGGUUGACGCCGCCGUGUCGGCGUCGGCGCUGCCGGUGCCCCGCGGCCAGGCGCCCGACGCCAAGCCCGACGCUAAGCACGACAUGAGGAUACACGAGAAGAUGCAGCGCGAGCGCGACAUGGGCAUCGUGCACAAGUACCACCACCCGCAGCACCCGCACCACCCGCAGCACAUGCAGUACCAGUCGGUUAUGGAUCGCGAGAGAAGAGGAAUGCAGGCGCAACUGCUAGAGAGAGACAGACAGCUGGCCUUACAAAGCCGAGAAAGGGAACGCGCGAUAGCAGCGAUGCACGAGCGAGAGAGACAUAUGGCGAUAGAGCAACAACACCAGCAACAGCAGCAGAUGAUGAGCGAGAGGCAGAACAUGAUACAGCAGCAACAACAACAACAGCAGCAACAACACCAGCAGCAACAACACCAGCAGCAACAACAUCAGCAGCAACAGCAUCAGCAGCAACAGCAUCAGCAGCAACAACAGGCGCAGCAACAGGCGCAGCAACAGGCGCAGCAACAGGCACAACAACAACAGGCGCAGCAGCAACAACAACAGCAGCAACAGCAGCCUGCUAGCUCCAACGCGGACGGCGAGAGAAGGUUGCUGCAACCCUACAAGCAGCAACCACCGCACCACCGGCAUCCUGCCUCGCCUCACCUUGAAACUUGGAAGGAGACCCGGCCGGCGCCGGCGCCGCCAGCAGCGGCGGCCCGCACGGAGGGCACGCUGACGGCCGCCUCGCUCAUCGACGCCAUCAUCACCCACCAGAUCAGCCAGUCCGCCACAGACCAGCGCUUCCCUCCCACGAUAAUCCGCGAGUGUUCACCGACGUUGCGCGAAGAACGGCAGUCUCCGCCUCGAGAAGAGCCCCCGGCCCACACCGCGAGCAUCAAGCUCGGGGACCUCGCCUCCAACAUCAUCACGAGGGACUUCUGCAGCCCCACACAACCACCCCAUCAUCAGAACAGUAGAUACAACGUGGGAGCGGCGGUGUCGGAGUACUCGGGCUCCGAGGAGUGGAAGCGCCGCGACGCGCCCAAGCACGCGCCCUACCUCGAGCCCGUCAGCCCGCCCGACAACCACCACCCCAACAGAGCGAACAGCACGCGUCGCUUCUCGGGCUGCAACUCCUCAACCAUGCUGACGCCGUUCGACUACGUGACCAACCGCAUCGUGGAGGUGAUGCGCAGCGACGCCGACGAGCGGAAGCCGGCGCUAGCGUUCCCCGCCACCGCUUAUGCGUACCCUUACUCCGCGCUCAACGUGCCCGCCACCACGGCGGGGCCGGUCUCCAGCGCGCCCUCUACUAGUGACGGUAAGUUAUACGACAGGACAGACAUACUUACAAAUAGAAGUGAAGAGUCCUCAACUUUGCUAACACCAAUAGAGUGCGGUGGCCCGGCGGCGGCGGUGACGGCGGCGCCCACCACGGCGCCGCCCGCCGCGCCCGAGCCCGCGCCGCUCAUGUCCGCGCGCUACGAGCCGCUCUCCGACGAGGACUGA